GCUACACUUCUACAGCAUACCUACAAGCAAUGGCUGCUGCUCCUACUAGUUCUCUGCAGACUGCUGCCAAUAGGAAGAAAGCACCUUCAAGAAGUUUAGUAGUUAAAGGUGGCGAGAUAGGGAUUAUGAAUAAUGGUAGCUUCACAAGCCAUACCAAUUUUUCGAUGGAGAUUGAACACGCUGUUCGAUCACCACAUGGUGCGUCGGUUAGCCUAUUUGAAUACGUCUAUAACAUAAAAACUUCCUCUGGGGUGCAUAAAUCUUGUUUUGUUAGUAACGAGGACACGCAAACGAUACGGAGCUUUGCCAGAGUCGCUUCAAAGUCGCACGAGGUUCUUCAAUGGGCCUCAAUAUCUGAGCGAUUAUGGAGUCUUUACAUUCUCAGUAUGGCUAAAGAUUAUCAAAAGAGUACCUUCUACAGACAAAAGAUUCUUGUUUCCAGAGUGGGAAGGCAGCCUCAUUCUGAUGUGUGGGUUUUGUCACCUACGGUGCAAAUUGAUUCAAAGGGACAGUUCAUUGAACAUGAAAGACAGGAAUAUUUUUGGUUUGAUGAUUACAUGAAUGUGCUCCUGACCAAGCCCAGAGUGAUUUCAAUGGAAAUCGUGACUCCGCUUUCUGUUCAACCAAUGGUGGAACUGCUGUCUGCUACAAAGCGGUGUUUGGCCAACAACUAUAUCAGUUCUUUUUUGACUGUUGCAGGAGCUACCUUAAUUUUACAUUAUGACUCCAUUCUUGAGUUUCAGGAUGAAUGUCCAUUGGUUCUCUGUCAUAGCUCAACUCCUGGAGCAGGAAAGUCUACGUCUCUCAGAAAUGCUCUAAGUUUACUUGGGGCAGACAGAGUACAUAUUACAGGGCCAGACACACAUCCAGCUGUGAUUGUUCGAUGGGCUUCUGGAACUACAAUUCCUAUUGCCAUUGAUGAUGUUAGAAGUGCAAAGAAAGCAGAAAGUAUUGCUGUUCAAUUCUUUAACGGAAACUCUCAAAGGAUACUGCAUAUUCCUUUCUUUUCUCCUGUGCGAUCUCCUGAAAGUACAGAGCUGAGAGAGAAUGAGAUUCGUCUGAAGGAAGCAAGGAAAAAUGCAUCUUCAGCCAUCGGAAUAUUGAUAGCAAUUGGACACAGGAUUGCCUCACCAGACAUGCAGCAGCAUCUGAGCAACAUCACUUUACCUUUUGUAAUAGGCAAAAUUCCUCAUGUGCACUUUAGGGUACAAAAAAGUUAUGCACUCCUUCUCCUAGUAUCUCAACUUCUUUGCGAGCAUCUUCCAGCCAGUGUGAUAACUUACCAGGAUAUCAUGGAUUUCUUUAGUAAUGAAUGGGCACGCGUCAUCUGUCAAAUUCAGUUACAUGGCAGUGAUGUGUUAUCGGAUUUUUUCAGACAGUUGAUACAUGUUAUGAAUGCGAUGGAAGUGUAUGAGAUUCUGCAAAUGAUACGACCAUCUGUCAGGCACAGAGGCGAGCCAUCUAUAGCUCUGUACAUGCCUAUGGUGAGGGAACAUUGUGAACUUAGUUGCGAGAUGGAACGUAAAGUGAAAGACACAGUGAGAGACAUUGGAGGCAGUAUCAAUUCAUCUGGGCUGUUCUUAUCGACCACUUCAAAGGAUUCCAUAGUAUCGAAGGCAAAUGGUGUAAAUAGGAGGUCAGUUCUUUUUGUUGCUAGAAGCAAGUUGAAUUCGGAUCUAAUUCAAUUACUGGACAAUGCCUUUUCCAAAAAUCAGUCUCCUGGUUCAACUCUUAUCCCAAGCAAUGGAUCUACAUGUAUACCAGUACCUUCACAAUCACCAGAUGAGGACACACCAUCAAUACCAGUUCCACUGCCAUCUCCAGUUCAAGAAGAACCAACUUUACCAACACCAACUAUACUAGUUCCGUCACGAUCUUUGGCAGAUGAAGAAGAAGAAACAACUUUACCAACACCAAAUAUACUAGAUGAAGAAGAAACACCUUCACCUUCACCAUCUAUACUAGUUCCGUCACAAUCUUUGGCAGAUGAAGAGGAAGAAACAUCUUUACCAUCACCAAAUAUACUAGUUCCAUCACAAUCUCUAGCAGAUGAAGUAACGCCAUCACCAUCAAUACCAGUUUCAGCACCAUCUCGAGAUGAGGAAACAGUGACAUUCACUACUCCAAAGAGGAUAACUAGAGGAGGUGCUGAACUUGUAUCCCUGUCUUCAAGAUCUGAAGCUUUAAUAAGACCUGUAGAAAAAGAUGAUAAAUUAUCUUCCCAGGAAAAAAAUCUUACGUAAGAUCUUACUUAAGAUCUUAUGAAACCUUAAAAUGAUCAUGCAUGAUUAAUCAUGCCUGUUCUUGCCAGAUUAUUAGACAAGAAGUUCCAAAUUCUUGCCAAGAUCUUAUGAUAAAUCUUGUCAAGAUCUUAUGAUAAAUCUUACAUGAUCAGACAUGAUCAGACGAUUAAUCUUA